AUGAUAAAAUUCCUUCACAAAUUCAAUCAUUCCUUUUCAGGAAGAAAAGCAAGAAAGAAAACAGCAAGCAAAGCGAAAGAGACAGAGGCUAUAGAACUGAGUGAAAAUUUGGUGGAGAAAAGUGAAACAGAAAAUAACAAUGAUGGUGGGGAAACAGAUGAGGAGGAUGAAGAAACAAACAAUGAGGAAUUAAAUGGUGCAAUACAAAAUACAGAGACACAUACAGAGACUGUUGAUAGCCCUGCAGUAAGUUUACACAAUAAACCUGUAAAUAUAAAGCAACAGACUAAAGCUUCACCAAUGCAGAGACUAGAGUUAGCAAUGAGAUCUGUGGUCAAGCGGUCGAUAAAAUCCAAUUCUGUGGUCAUGGAGAGGAAUCUAAACUUUAGCAGUAGUGAGGAGGAGGAAGGGGAUUAUCUCCCCUUGUCACAGAGACUCCAAUUAAAAAUAGCUAAAUCGAGGGGAUUCAGUGAACGCCCAUCUGAUGGGUCCCUGGGUCAGCCCCAGGGUAAGAUUGGAGGGGGAGAGGAUGUGAUGGUGAGGGCUAUAUCUCAGGGUGUGUCUAGUUCUCUUAGGGGCUUCUCUAGUGACAGUGAUGCUGAAGAUCUGUAUACAUUUCCCUCCCAUCCAGAAACUAGAAAUGGUCAGGGGGAUAUAGCAGGAAAUGUGGGACAUGAUGAUGAUAUAAAAGAAAAUUGUCAUAGUGCCGUGAAUGUGAAUGGUUCAGAUCAAGAAAUUUCACGUGUGGAAACAUCACUUCCUGGAAAUUAUGACAAUCACGAUACUUCUUUGGGAACUCCAAUGUGGCAACAAAAUUCAAUUAAUUCUAAAUUACAGAAGUUGGACAGGACAGAAUUUCUGGACAUGCCUAAGCUUAACUUCACAGUUGUGACACCAGAUUUGCAGCAUAAAAAAGAAUCUAGCACUGGGCUCAGACCAAAGUUGUCUGCUUCAACCCCUGACAGGUCAGAGGACUGUGUGUCCAGGUUUUCCCACAAUCUGUCAAAUCUUAGUCCUCACCUGGCAGAGGAUGUGAUGAUCUCACCUCUCCUUAAGUUAGAUUCUUUACAGAGCCCAAGAGACUCUUGUCAGAAGCCACAAGGUAGUCCAAGUGUGUCAGUUUUGUGGGAGAAUAAGUCCUUCAACAAUACAAAUGUUGCCAUUGAUUUUGGUAACUUUGAAGUACAGACUUCACUGCUUAACUCAUUCAGUAAACUUAACAUCACAGAAGGGGAGCUGUCAUCUAUGAUGACUAGUUUUCAGGAAAAAGUCUCGAAAACUCCCUCUGGGAUUAAUAGUCAUGUGAAUGGAAAACAUUCUGAAACCUCUGAAAUCAAGUGCAAUAACAAUACUCAGGAUCAAACCUCUGUGAUAUUUCUUAAUGAUAGUGACUCUGUAUGUGAUAGUGACAGCAUAGUGAUUAAUGAAGAAACUAAGGCCAGGGAUGAAAAACUGAAAAGUACCACACAAACAAUAUCUGCAUUACGGACAAUCAGCGUGGAAUCUUCCAAGAGUCCACAGACUGGGUCAAGUAAGGAGAAGACGAGGGUCUCUGGCCUGAGUUCUCCUGUGUGUGGGGGGAAGGAGAAUGUUGUGAGUGACAGAAGGGAGGAGUGUAGUAAACAAAGCCCCAUGUCUCUGAUAGAGAGACUGAGACAGAGGCUGGGUAAUAACACAGACUCCAGUAUCAUCAAUAGAAUCAAGUAUGGACCACUGUCUGUCAAGCCAGUCAAAUAG